GCAGCGUACAUUUUCAAAUUCAUCUUCCUCGAGAACAGUGUCUAGCGAGAAAAGUUUAUUAUCCACAUUUUCCACUUAUUUCCUCUCGUAGAAUCGCCUCGCACCCAAUCCUACCACCCGCGACUAACUAUCCUGCUAAUUAUCUCUGCCACUUAUCGCGUCACUUGUUAUAAAUCGUCGUUCGCAAUAUAACGAUAAAAAAGGGAAAAGAAUUUAUUUGGUCGGUUCGAGACAAACGAAUUUGGCGUCGCACCGCGUUUCGCCAGUGAAUCAGCCUAACCGUCCCGUCUAUAUAACCGACUAGAGUCGCGCGAUCGGUCAUUGUUGUUCGUCUACGCGCGACUCAUCCUCAUCUCGUGCGUGUACUCGUGCGAAAAGCGUCCGCGAAAUGUAUAGCCGGCAACCUGCCUUUAUAAUGACCGAUAGAUCGAUAUAUAGAUAUUCGUUCGGCGUUUUGAUGGUGUUUAUGAUCGUUGCAAGCGGUUCGCACGCGUACAAGGCAAAAGUGACGACUCGAUUCGGCCAGGUUCAGGGAUUGUUGAGUAGAAGCACCAGAGGAAGACUCGUCGCUCAUUAUUUGGGCAUUCCUUUUGCUCAACCGCCUGUGGAUGAUUUGAGGUUUAGGAGUCCUAGGCCAUGGAUUCGCAAUUGGACGGAGACAUUCUUAGCAACGGAAUAUGCCCCCGUAUGCGUUCAAGUGACCGAACAAGGCCACUUCAUUGGAGAGGAAGACUGUCUCUAUCUCAACGUUUACGUGCCUCUGAUUUCAGAGGAGAACGGAGAUGGAUACGAGGAGAAAAGAGCGCUUCCGGUGAUGGUGUACGUGCAUGGCGGAAUGUACGCCACUAACGGUGGUAACAAUCGACAAGUCCCACCAGAGUAUAUGAUGGACCAGGACGUGAUCGUAGUUUCGAUCCAAUAUCGUUUGAAUAUUUUGGGAUUCUUCGCCACGGCCACCAAACGCAAUCCAGGCAACAACGGUCUGAAAGACAUCGUAAUGGCGCUACGUUGGGUGCAAGAAAACAUUCGUUGUUUCAACGGCGACCCAAAUAUCGUGACUCUAUGGGGCCACAGCGCAGGUGCCUCUGCCGUGCACUUGUUGGCUAUCACGAACAAGACCGAAGGACUGUUCAACAGGUACAUCGUUCAAAGUGGAGUUGCUACUAGUCCCACGGCGUUGCUGCCCGCGCAUUGGAUAAGAAUAUAUUCUUUGGUAUCGGCCACGUUGGUCGGAUGUCUUGCUCAAAGCGAAGAGGAAUAUACGACGACUGCGCAACCGAACGUGACGCGCGAACAAGAAUGGUAUGACGAGGCAGAGUUAAGCGAAGAAGAAGAGGAAGAAAUGAUGCGAUGCUUGAGAAAGCUGGACGUCGGAAGCUUCAGAAACACGAUGGACUAUCAUAUAGUGCGGUGGAGUGGCCAUUGCUGCAUUUUCGCGCCGACGAUCGAGGAAGAAUCGGACGACGCCAUCGUAACGGUGCAUCCGCUGACAGCGAUAAAGCAGCGCCUGUUCAGAGACAUUCCAGCUAUCGUAGGAGUCACCAAGGACGAAGGACUGAUGAAAUCGAUCGCCAUCUUGACGAACCCAAGCGCCGAGGACGAAAUACUAAAUAAUUUCGAGAUGUAUCUGCUCUAUUUGCUGGAAUAUCGCGCGAUGUCGAACGACACUUUGGACGCCCUUACGAAUUUCUAUUUCGACGGCAACGUUACGUUAUCAACGCUGAGAAGGAAUAUCACAGAGAUCGUUGGAGAUGCUCUUAUCGUAUGGCCAACGUACGAAACUUUAAAGUACCAAUCGAACGUAAUGAAUUCGAGUACCUAUCUCUAUGUGUUUUCAUACGAGGGCACUUUUAGCGCGACUUUUGCCUUCACCGAAGGAGUUCCAAGACACUUUGUUUUAGGAGUUUGCGAUAUCGGAAUUUUGGAACCGUGCGACAUCGGAUCGUUGGAUUUUUGGAAUUUUGGAAUUUUAGGAUUUCCAAACUUUGGAGUCUCGCACGUAGAUGAUUUAAAUUAUUUGUUACCAAUAUUCAACAAAGAGUUUGAAGAUUACAUGUUACACAAUACGGAAGACGAUAUAACCAUGAUUAAUAUAAUGACCGAGAUGUGGGCCAGCUUCGCAACUAAGGGCGUACCAGAGGCUUGGAGAGUGACACCAUGGCCAGAUUACAAGGAAUCGCAAAAGUUCCUGCAAAUUGGAGUUGGAAAACUUCCGGAAAUUACGAUAGAAAGCGAAUUUUUCCCAGAAAGAAUGGCGUUUUGGGAAGAAUUAUCCGCGAAUCUGACUUACGACCCGGCAGACGACCUUUAUUUUCACCUGAAACAACGGAUCGAAGACGACGAAGACGUUGCCAGUAGCGGUGCUUCUCUACGAUACGACGAAACAAUGAUUUCUUCGCCGACGUUCCACCUGCUAUUCACCUACUUUUUGUCAAUUUUAGAACGUAAUUGCUAGUACAACGUUGUCGAUAACAGAGAAUGUAUUUAUGUUGUAAAGUUUAUCGUAUAAAAUUUGUUAAAUCCAUGA